CAGGAUUUUGCAAUCCAAUGUUCAAAUGUCACUUUUCUUCAAAUCUACCGAUACAUCUGAUUCUCUUCAAUUCCCCCUUUCCUCCUCGAUCACUCGACUGCCUUUUCGCGAGCUUUAAUUCGUCCCCUCAAUCGGCAAACACUGAGCCAUGGACUUCGCUAGCAUGGAUCGACGGCAACUGACCCUUGCGGCUUCAGGGUUUUCGGUGAUGUUGACUCUACACUUCACGUUUCAGCUCCUUUCGCAGCACCUUUUCUAUUGGAAAAAUCCCAAGGAGCAAAAGGCCAUAAUCAUUAUCAUCUUGAUGGCCCCUGUUUAUGCCGUCGACUCGUUUGUGGGGUUGCUUGAUAUUCGAGGCAGCAAGCAGUUUUUCAUGUUUUUGGACUCUGUUAAGGAAUGCUACGAGGCUUUGGCUAUUGCGAAGUUCUUGGCUCUAAUGUAUAGUUAUUUGAAUAUUUCCUUGAGCAAAAAUGUCGUGCCCGAUGAGAUUAAAGGAAGGGAGAUCCACCAUUCAUUUCCGAUGACCCUUUUCCAGCCUAGAAAGACGCAUUUGAAUCAGCAGACAUUGAGACUUCUCAAGUACUGGACUUGGCAGUUUGUCGUCAUCCGUCCAUUGUGUUCAGUCUUGAUGAUAACUUUGCAAGUUAUUGGGUUUUACCCGAAUUGGCUGAGCUGGACAUUCACCGUGGUUCUCAAUUUAUCUUUUUCCUUGGCCAUGUAUUCGUUGGUCGUGUUCUAUCACGUUUUUGCCAAAGAAUUGGAGCCUCACAAGCCGCUAUCAAAGUUCAUCUGUAUCAAAGGAAUCGUUUUCUUCUGCUUUUGGCAGGGAGUAAUGCUCGACAUACUUGUUGCAAUGGGAAUCGUCCGAUCUCAUCAUUUCUGGUUAGACACGGAGCACGUUGAGGAAGCCAUUCAGAAUGCUCUAGUCUGUGCCGAGAUGCUCGUUUUCUCGGUUUUCCAGCAGUACGCGUACCAUGUUUCGCCUUAUAGUGGAGACAUCCAAUCUAGACUGCAGAGGCAAAAGAAGUAUGAAUAAUGGUUUUUUUUGUGUACUAUGGUGCAAGAAUAUGCUGUGGAUGUAAGUUUUGAUUUUUUUUUCCCCUUCUAAAUGCAUGUUUGAAGCAAACAGUGAAUAGAUGCUAGACCGUUAAAUAGUUUAUAUGAACUGAAAAUUAAAUAAAAAAUACUAUGAAUGUUAGAGUCUAUGUGGGUGACAUCCUACCAUUUGUUAUAUAAUUGCAUCUUAUAAAAAAAAGUGUAUAUGAAUUGAGAACACUAUCCAAUGGCAAAAUAAAUGAAUGUAUAUAUAGGUAUUGGAUCAAUAUUCAAAUGAGUUCCAAUUCUUGAAAUGAGAAUGGG